AUGGCAAGGAAAGGCCUCUGUGCCAUCCAAGCUGGGAGUGGUGUCGAAUCCCGUGAGAGAGUCGUGCCGAAGACCUGGGAUCCGGAGCCCCUGAACGCAGAAGUACUUUCCCGAUGCUUCCGGCAGUUCCGCUACUGUGAUGCUGAUGGACCCCGAGAGGUUUGCAGCCAGCUCCAUGGACUUUGCAACGGCUGGCUGAAGCCGGAGAGCCACUCCAAGAAGCAAAUCCUAGACCUGGUGAUCCUGGAGCAGUUCCUAACCAUCCUGCCCCAGGGAAUGCAGUGCUGGGUCAGAGGAUGUGAGCCGGAGACGAGUUCCCAAGCAGUGGCCCUGGCCGAGGGAUUCCUCCUGAGUCAGGCUGAGGAGAAGAGGCAGGCAGAACAGGCAGUGAAGAGACAGUGUUGAGCCCUACUCUUUGCGGAGGUGUGAAAACAGCUGCUGCACCUCCAUUUCAGGUGGGGAAGAUGAGCAGGGGGCAGCCUGGGUCCCCCCUCCUUUCUCAGGGGGGCUUUUCUCCUGCAGUUGGUGCUGAGGGGCCCAGGCAAGAGGCUCUGAACGCCACUCUUUAUAAACAAAACAAACUCUCCAUCCUCCACC